AUGACAUCAUUGCGAGAUAUAGUUAACAAAAUCGAUGACCACUUAUAUUUCGGUAACUACCGAUCGGCAACCGAUGAACAAACACUUAACAAACACAGUAUAAACCGUGUGUUGACACUGAUGUCCGGUGGGAUACCGGAGUACAAGAGAUAUCCAAAUAUUGAGUACUUUACUGUGGAAGUGAACGAUGACAUCAAUGAAGAUCUAUUGACACAUUUGGAGAUCACUCGACAAGUUAUAGCCGAAGGUCACCGUAAAGGACAGAACGUGUUAGUCCACUGUGCGGCCGGUAUUUCACGAAGCGGUGCCGCCGUUACGGCAUUUAUUAUGCAUAAAUACAGGAAAACUUUUGACGAGGCCAUUGAAAUGAUUGUAUUGCGACGACCACUGGCCGGUCCUAAUCGAGGAUUCAAAGUUCAACUUCGACUCUACGAACAGUUAGACUAUACAUUGGAUGCCAACAAUCCAAAGCUAAGACAAUAUUUGUUGGACAGAUUUGUUGUCAGCAAUCGGUUUGAUAGCUAUUAUGAUCGCUUGAAAUACAUUGAAAGCCUGUCUACUCCACAGUACGGUCAACAAUACCUGUGCCGACAAUGCAAUCAACUUGUGUUUCAUGACAUACAUGUCAUUCAAAAUUCAAGUAUUGUUGAUAAUAAUGACACCAACAAUAACACCACAAAAUGCAGUGAUCUCUAUAUUGAACCACAAAUCUGGAUGAAAAAGUUGAUAUGUCAUCAAUAUUAUAUGCUGGACAGUGACUCUCAAUCGUCACCUACUUGUCCUCUAAAAUGUUUACACUGUCAACAAACUAUUGGUUCAUAUAAACAACAUUUUUCAACAUUUGAAUGCAAUUGUGAUUUGCAUCGAGGCUUAAGUUGUCUGCAGUUUAAAAUCGAUUUGCAAUCGUUAAGCAAAUAA